CAACUUUAACAACAUUAUUAAAACAAUCUACCACUCAGACAGCCAGAUAAGAUACCAGCUCUAAUUAUAUCGCCACUGUAUUCACUUUUUAGUUUUACGUGACAGUUACGUCGAACUACGCCUGCCUCUUUCAUAGGUUAUUUUGUAAGUCCCGGCGUGAGGAUAUUAUGGCUGCGGCGCGGCGAGGCGCUUUAAUUGUUAUAGAAGGAGUUGAUCGGGUAGGUAAAACCACCCAGUGCCAGCGUUUGGUGGAUGCUUUGCGGAAGGAUGGCCGUCAGGCUGAAAUUUUGAGAUUCCCUGACAGGACAACGGCAAUUGGUCAGCUCAUUAACGCAUACCUGGAGAACAAAAGUAGCUUGGAAGAUCAUACAGUGCACCUGCUUUUCUCUGCUAACCGAUGGGAACAAGUGCCACUGAUCAAACAGAAAUUAAACUCUGGAAUUACUUUGGUCGUAGAUAGGUAUGCCUUUUCUGGCGUUGCUUUCACAAGUGCAAAGGAAGGCUUUACCUUAGACUGGUGCAGGCAGCCGGAUGUAGGACUUCCAAAGCCUGAUGUAAUCUUCUUUCUACAGCUAGAUCCAGCUGAUGCAGCUAAACGUGGAGAUUAUGGAAAUGAGCGUUAUGAGAACAGUCCUUUUCAGAAGGUGGUUUUGAGUCGGUUCAAAGAUCUAAUGGAGGAUAAAGAUUUAAACUGGAAGGUGAUUGAUGCCUCCAAGAGCAUUGAAGAAUUGCACAGUGAGAUCAAGAGAGACAGUGAUAAUGUGUUGAACAAGGUUCAAACUAUGGCAAUUGGGGAACUCUGGAAGUAAAUUUAUAUUUAAUAAACACAUAACUAAAAUAUU